AAGAUAAAAUAAAAAAUUAAUACUAGUAUUUAUUUAAACAGAAAUUAUAAAUUCGCAUUGCAACUGUUUUGGGCUAAGUAAAGGGGCACUCAGCCCACUCUUUCCACAAGCUCCGCAUUUAAUGGGUUCACGCACGCAUGCUUUGAAGAUUUGCACAUACAGUAUAUAUAUGAGAAAAGGAAAAAUCAAAUUCGUAUAUAAACCCUAGAAUUGAAUCCUCCGCCGCAGCCAUGGAUGGAAUCCAGAACUAUCUUCCGCAUGAUGUCAUCGAAGGCAUCCUCUCCCGAUUGCCGGUGAAGUCUCUCCUCCGAUUCAAGUGCGUAUGCAAGCAGUGGAGCGCCACCAUCUCCGCCCCCAAAUUCGCCCAAACUCAUCUCCGGCGAUCCAAAAACUCAUCAUCAACGAUUCUACUUGUAGAUCUGGAAAAUUCUCCCGAAAAAGCUCAACUCGUCGAUCUGGAAACCGAACAAUUCCGACACUCAGCCGUCGAUUAUCCGGUAGAGGUUUCCGUAGCGGAUGUGAUGUGCCAUUGCGAUGGUUUAUACGUCUUGUGGUGUUCAGAUCGUGGUUAUGCGUUGUGGAAUCCAUCACGCAGAUCCUACAAAAUGUUGAAUUACCAGCAAUAUCGAUUCGAUCAUGAUCAAUUGAUGUGUGGGAUCUGUUACGAUCCAUUGGUGGAGGAUUACAACGUGGUGAUGGCUGAUUCAACGCAUUACGCAGUGUUUCACUGUAGAAGGAAUUGUUGGAGCGAUUUGAAAGAGUUGAAUCUGAGCAUAACGAUCCGUUACGAUGUCGACGAUGCUAGUGGUCUCCCUUUGAAGAAUGGAUCCAUUUAUUGGCUCCGUUGCGUAUGGGGUGAAGGUGAAGUCCUUAGGUAUGAAAUAGUUUAUUUCGAUGGAAGAGAUGAAGAGAUGAAGAUUCUGUGCAAAGCAGACGGCGAUUCUUUUCCCGUCCGAAUGAUUUCUUCAGGAGAGUGUUUGCGUUUCUUCGCGCGAGAUUGGGACGACCAAUGGGUGGAGAUGGCGAUGCCGCCGGCGGCGGCGGCGCCGGCGAUGCCGUUUGGUGGUGGCUAUGCGCCUCUGUGUUGGACUCAUGAUGGAGGUAAGAUUCUACUUGAAAGCUCCAAAGAUAAUUCUCUGCAAAUCUACGAUGUGAGUGAAAAAAGCCUAGCAAGAGUUGGGUAUCCUUGGAAUGUUUUAAUAUUACAUGAGCAUCGUCCUCGUCUCUUCCCCCACGUAGAAAACGUGUUUUGGGAUUAACUGUUUAUUUCGCUUAAGAUUAGGAUUAAUUAUGUCGUUUAAUUUUUGAUACACAGUAUAUAAUAUUGACUUAUGAUGAUUCGGGUUUAUAAUAUAGCAAAUUUCAGUUUA